AUGAAGUAUCGCUGGCAACAUUUUACUGGUGUUGAUUGGGACGAUAAGAGCAAGCAGAAUGCGAUCUACAAGAUACAUGCCCCUGAAAAGGGUUGGGCAUCAGAUGUCUCAACGGAGAAUGGCAAUUACGACUAUCUAAUGUUUGCUGAUUUGGACCAUUCUCACGUCGAAGUCCGCGAGGAUUUAUUUAACUGGGGGACUUGGGUUACUGACGAGCUGGCUCUCAGUGGAAUGAGAUUAGAUGCUGCUAAGCAUAUUUCAACUGGUUUCCAAAAGGAAUUUACUACUCAUGUCCAGAAGAAGGCUAAUCCGGAGUUCUUCGUGAUUGGUGAGUAUUGGACUGGGAAUAUCCAAGCACUCCUGGGCUACUUGGAAGAUACGGAGCAUACAAUUGUUGCAUACGAUGUUCCUCUUUUGGAGAAAUUCUCCCAGUUAUCUCAUACGCCAAGAGCCGAUCUACGUGGGAUAUUCAAUGAUACUCUAGUGCAAUGCAGACCAGAUCACGCCGUGACCCCGGUAGCCCCAGAGUUCAAGGAAAUCGCAUACGCAUUGAUCCUUCUCCGUGAAAAUGGGUUCCCCUGCUUAUUCUAUGGAGACCUUUAUGGAAUACGAGCCAACGUUCCAGACCCGAUGACACCCGCAUGCAAUGGAAGACUCCCUAUCCUUGCACAGGCACGGAAACUAUAUGCCCAUGGCUCCCAGAAAGACUAUUUCGACCAACCAAACUGCAUCGGUUCGUAUGCCUGUCCCCUGAACUUGAGGCUUAUCUCAAUUAACUGUACUCCUAGGGUUUGUGCGCAGCGGAAAUGA